AUGAUGGACAGACUGGUACUACAGCUCUUUUUAUCACUAGAAGCAGACAGUUGCGUACAAUGCCAAAUCGACCUCGUCGCUGGCCGCCAGGCGCGGGCGUCGUCGUCCAACUCGCGGUGGAAGAUGAGGCAGGGUAAGGACAUGUUUGCGCGUGAGGCCAAGGUGCAGGGGCUCAAGAGCCGGGCUGCGUUUAAGCUACUCGAGAUGGAUGCCAAGUAUAAAAUCUUCCGCAAAGGACAGACGGUUGUGGACCUGGUCGCCGUCGAGCGGACAAAGCCCAACGGCCAGAUCCUCGGCAUCGACAUCAUUCCCGCGCAGCCGCCCAAGGGCGUCUCGACGAUCCAGGGCAACUUCCUCUCGCCUGACGUCCAGGACAUGGUCAAAGAGUAUCUCUCGAGGGCUAAGAGCCGGAAAGCGUCCUCGCCGCCGCCGUCAUCAGAGCACGAGCAGGACGAGGAGGACGACGACUUGAGCGACGGGGAGGCUGCGGUGGUCAACGACAAACCGAGCUACAUCGACAUGGAGAGGGCGGCGUCCGAGGCUGCGGCAACGACAGCGCCACCCAGUGCGGUGGACGGAGCAGAAGCCAAGAAGGGGCGGCUGGUGGAUAUUGUGUUGAGUGACAUGUCAGCACCUUGGGACCAAACAUCCGGCUUCGGCGUGAACAGUCUUAGUAAUCCCUAUCACAGGAUGAUGAACACGAGCGGCAUGGCCUUUCGCGACCACGCCGGGAGCAUGGACCUCUGCGGCGCCGCGCUCCAGUUCGCCAACGACACGCUCAGGAACGGCGGGCACUUUGUGUGCAAGUUCUACCAGGGCUCCGAGGACAGGGCGUUCGAGAAGAAGCUCAAGACCCUGUUCGCCAAGGUCUUUCGCGAGAAGCCCGAGUCGUCGCGCAGCGACUCGAAGGAGGCGUACUUUGUGGCGCUGAGGAGGAAGGGCAAUGUGCAGUUGGAAAGGGAUGAGAACUUGUAA